UACAAUACUUCUUUUUUUUUUAGAAAUUUUGACGCAAGUGGUAAAAAACAAAUGUCUUCUCCAAAUGCGACUACCGUAGUUGGAUAAUCUUUACAGAUUGUAUCUAAAUUCAGAGCAAUAUAUACUCAAAGAGCUUAGAAAAAAGUAAAAGAGUUCCAUAAAUUUUUUUACUUUCUCAGUCACCAUUACUGUUUAUAGCAUUGUCUCCAUCUCUUAUAGCACUAAAGAAUUGGAUCAUAUCUCCACAAGCUUCUGUAUUUAUAAGAUUUUUACUUUUUCUAAACAUUCUAGAUGAAAAAUUUUUUGUUUAAUAUAUACACAUAUAUACAGGGUGUUCGAUAAUGACCACAUAAUCUGUCAGGUAUACAUAUUUUAAACUUGUACAUACUUGGACAUCACAUGAAUUUCCACAAAUAUGGACGAUGAAGACAUAUUUCUUUUGUCAGUUUUGCAAUUAUUAUGUUUAUUGUCCUUAUUACAAAGAAGAGAGAGAAGCAAAAGAUGGUUACAUCGAAGGUGGUGGGUAAGACCUAUUAAUGUUGCGCGACCUGUAUAUGGGGAUUUUCAGCACCUCUUCCAGGAAUUGAAAUAUGACGAUCCUGAUAUAUUUUAUCGAUAUGUAAGGAUGAAAAAGGAAAUUUUUAAUCUUCUAUUAAAGAUGACAAGUCCUUUUUUAACUAAAUUAAGCAAACGUGCAUUUAGUCCAGAACAACGGUUGGCUAUGACUCUAAGAUAUUUGGCCACUGGAGAUCAAAUACUAUCCAUUGCACUAGCUUAUAGAUGUGGAGAAUCAACUGUCCGAAAAAUAAUACACGAAACUUGUUCUAUUAUAGUAAACGUAUUACAACCGAUUUAUCUUCGUUUACCAACAACAGAAGAAUGGACAAAUAUUUGUACUGGAUUUUGGGAAAACUGGAAUUUUCCUAAUUGUGUUGGGGCAUUUGAUGGGAAACAUGUUGAAAUACAAGCUCCGCCAAAUUCUGGGAGCUUAUUUUUCAACUAUAAGAAAACUGUUAGCAUUGUGUUAAUGGCAGCAUGUGAUUACAAAUACAUGUUUACACUGAUCGACAUAGGCUCUUAUGGCGGUAACAGUGAUGGUGGUAUUUUUACCUCUUCUGAUAUUUAUUCAACAUUAGUAGAUGGAACAUUAAAUCUUCCCGAAGGCAUUGCUAAUCUUCCUGAAAGCGAUAUUCAGUUACCAUGCUUUUUUAUUGGGGAUAGUGGUUUCCCAAUUAGUCGUUUUAUGAUGCGACCUUAUUCUGGAAGAUUACUCAAUGAAAGAAAGAAAAUAUUUAAUUACAGACUGUCCAGAGCAAGACGUAUAAUAGAAAAUACUUUUGGUAUUUUAUCUAGUCGAUGGAGGAUCUAUAGGAAACCCAUUCAUAUGCAUCCUAAAUAUGUAGACACAACAGUUAUGGCAACUAUUUGUCUGCACAAUUUUAUUAAGUCUGAAGAGAAUUUUAUACAAUCGGAGUCUAGAAUAUAUUGUCCUCCUAAUUUCAUAGACUCUGAAGAUGAGGCUGGUAAUAUAAUUCCUGGUCAUUGGCGGCGAGAAACUGAAAAUGUCCUCAGAAAUAUACCUCCCUCAUCAAUGCAUCAUGCAACUUCAAUUGCAUAUAAGCAACGCGACAAGCUAGCUGAUUAUUUUAUUUCACGACCUGGGGAAGUUUUUUGGCAAUAUGAAUAUGUUAGAAGAGGACAGCAUUGUGAUGAUCCCCAAUAAUAACAUAUUUUAAAUGUAAUAUAAUUAUACG